CUGGCACAAAGCCAAAGCAAACGAGUGUCAGUUCCCAAUCGACCGCAUCUUUUUAUUUAAUUUUUUUCUAUGUUACAAAUCGAUACAGUCAUAAAAUUGUUACCUAAACUAUUAUUAAUUCUGAAUUAAGUUUUGUGGUUUGUUAUAUUAUUGUAAACAACAUUAUGGUUCAGGCUGGUGAAGAAAUGGAGCAGCCUGACCUUCCACAGGCAGUUAGACUUCUAAAAGAAAUGAACACAAAUAUCCAGCAAGUUUCUCAGCUUGUAGAUAACAUGCUAGCCAGAGUUAAAACUGGUGAAUUAACAACAGAUAAGGGUUUGAGUUUUCUGGAAAUGAAAUAUCAAAUGCUUCUUAGUUACCUCAUAAAUCUAACAUAUAUUGUGCUGCGAAAAUGCUCAGGGGAAAAAAUCGAAUCUGAUCCGUCCAUUGACAGGUUAAUUGAAAUAAGAACUAUAUUGGAAAAGAUUCGACCGAUUGAUUCAAAACUAAAGUAUCAAAUAGAUAAACUUGUUAAAACUGCGGUUGUUGGUGUUGUAUCCGAAGAUGAUCCACAAUCAUACCAUGCUAAUCCUGCUAACUUGAUAAACAAGGUAAAAAGCUCCGAAGAUGAAUCUAGUGAGGAUUCUGAUGAUGACGGUAAUAUAAAUGAUAAGGUAAAGAAAUCAAACAUUUAUAUACCUCCAAAGUUGGCAGCUGUACAUUAUGAUGAUAGCUUAUCCCGAACUGAUAUUGAUAAGAAAAAUAAAGAAAGAUCAAAGAAACAAUUCUUAAACUCAAGUGUUAUGCGCGAACUCCGUGAAGAAUAUUCUGAAGCUCCACUAGAGGUUAGUUCUGGAAACAAUUUAAAGCAAUCUGUUUCAAAAUUUGAACAAGAAAAAACAGAAUAUGAGGAGAACUAUCUUACACGUUUGCCAGUAACAAAAGCUGAGAAAAACCAAAGGAGGAAGCUCACAACAGUAGGCAUGUUAGCAGAUGAAGUUACUGGGCGUUCUGUAAAUCGUAAACACAAAAUGAAAUCCAAGAAAGGUAAAGGCUUUAAAAGAAGGCGCACACAUUAAUUUUUUUUGUAUUUAUUUGUCAUAUUUUAUAUGUAUUAGGUUUUCAACAAGAUAUCCUAUUAAAAAUCUCUUUUGUAAUGAUGAACAUUCUUCUUCAGGAUAUUGAGAUUAGUUUCUUUAUUAUUUAUUCUUAUUUUCAAGUUCAUAGGCCUUAUAAUGCUAUAUAUUGAAAAUAAAACCUGGGCAACCAACACUAAUUAAAUAUGCAUAAUGUAAGUCACAUUGAGACAGUAUAUCACAGUAUAGUGACAGAUUCAAGGACAUCCUAAUUAUAUUUAUGAAUGUUGUACUAUUAUAUUUAAAUGUAAAUCAUAAACUUUAUCACUUUAAUGAAACAACAGUCGCAUAAAAUAUCUAAUGUAGUUAGUGUAUGUAAAAUAAUCCACAUAAAUAUAUAUUGCAUGAUUUACUUUUUUAGUAAUGUCCAUAACUAAUGGGAGAUGGUAAAGGACAAAUGCAGGGUAAACAAUAUUUUAAUAAAUCUCAUUAAAAUAUUUUUUCAGUUCUGCUACUGUCUUUUUUGGUAAUAUAUCAGUCAGUUUUUUGUUUCAAUUGUACAUAUUAGACCAUUAUAAGUCAUGAAUCACAAUACACUAUUUAAUUUUUAUUUUUAUUGUUAUAAAUUGUGAGUGUAAAUAUUGUCAAUACCCCUAGCUAGCAAUCUGCCAAAAACAUAUUUAAAUUUUACUGUCUGCCAAUAGGCUGUAUUUCAUGAACUGUGAUAGGUAGACAGUUGACGUUUUCACAGGUGAUGCAUUUCUGUUACCACUAUAAUAACAAUUACUAAAAUAAAUAAUCAAUUUGGCUCCAAUACAACAAAUGUGAUAUUGUUGCUUGAUAUUAAUAAUGGCAAUUGGUAUACGCUUGAAAUAUUCACAGAUAAUUAAGUUGCACCUACACUUUAAAAAUAAAUAAUUAAUCUUAAAUAAAUUAAUAUAUUAGAGGGGGACUCCCACACAACACACUAUUUUAUGCUGUUUUUUGGUCGAUAUUACAAUAUUGUGUCUAAUGUUGUAUAGAUCAUAUUAUUAUUAUAUUGCAUUCUCAUAUAAAAGCUUCCAUAAUACUUGCAAAAGUAUAGUAUAAUAAUUUAUUAAUUUCUGUGUAUGAAUAUAGGUACACGG